UUCAAUCGGACGUCGAACGAGAACAGUUGGAAUUUUUAGUCGCCACAAAGUUUUUUUAGAAACAAAAAGAACCGGGUUUGACCAAUUUCAGGAUGUAUUUUUGUCAAAAACGGCACAAUGCCGCGCUAUUGGCGGUGGUGUUUUUAGUUUUGACCCUAGUCGCCGAAGAUGUGGAUGCUAAAUUUACACUCGGUAAAAGUCGCUGUAGGUCCAGUUCCUCUCGCAGCUGCUCAUCAACACGCCGUUCACCGAGACCUGGCUCGCAAUCCAAGACCUCUACACAUCACCUUAAAAAAAAAACUGAUAAAGGCCAAUCGAAAGCAAUCGAGGUCAGCCGUUCCCAGACGAACAAAAAAAAUCCCUCAGCUCCCACCUUACCAAUUGGUUGGAAUGUCCCAGCCACCCAAAUGCAUGGCAAAACCAAUCACCAGAAUCAAACCCCUACGUCAGGAACUACCAGUGGAUCUCUGCCCAUUUUCCAUGCCCACAAUGGGCCUUCAAACUAUCCCCAUCAGCAAUCCCACGUAACUGCAACUGUCAACCCUAUGCCUGAAGGAAUAUUUCUACCUGGAGCUAAUACCCCGGUUGCAAAUAGGUCCUCGAAAAGCUUUAUCAACAAACUCGUUGUUGGAGUGGGUAAGGCCAUUGUGAAGCAUAACAAUAACGAUGAUCGCAAGCCCAAUGUCAUUAUUAUCAACAAUGGAUCACCCCAAAAAGUGCCCAGCAGUCCUGUUCGAACGAAAGCAACCCAAACAACAGUUUCCUCCCCACGGCCAGUGCUAUCAACUUCAACUUCAACUUCCUCACCAAGAAGAAAAGCUCAAUCUAAUAAAUCUCGUACUGGUACUAUUAUUUGUGUGAUGGACAAGACCUUCUGCUAUUCAACUUCUACCGGCUCAAAACUUUCACUUGGACACUUUGGCUUUCUUUCUAUGGUAUUAGUGAUGACUCUGGUAGCAGCCCUCCGUUAG